AUGGAUACUCAAAUAAUUGUCGGAGGUCUAGCUGCAUGCUUAGGGCUUGGAUAUCUUUUAUAUCGCUAUUCAGACGAUGGACUAUCAGAUUCAGCUACUCUGACCAGAGAUGAUGUAGUCAGAAUCCUCCAAGAUCUCCGCAGUGAACUUAUGAAUGUCUAUAUCCAGAUCUCUAGCUUUGUCUUGAGCAUCAGAGAGCAGAUGGGAGGCAGAAUUCCAGACGAAUACAUAAAAGAGAUCAUUAUGACUCAAACUCCGAUCGGCGAUCAGAUCAGCAAAGUGGAAGAGAAAGUUUAUCAGAAAAAUUCAAUAACAAAAGAAUCGUUCCAAGCAGCCUGCACAAUUACUUAUGCUAGUGAUGAUGAAGUAAAAGAACUUAUGGAUGAAAUGAAAAAGUCUCUUGAAAAUUCAUUUCGUGGCGUUGCUCCUAGUUUCAGCGGAGAAUUGCCUGAAAUCAUGACUUCUGAAAAGACAUUAGAAGUAUUCAAGGACAUGAAUGAUGCAACCCUUUUAGCCAUGUAUGAUAUCAUAGAAGACAUAAAAUCGCAAGGGAUAAAUGAACAAAGCCAACAAUUCCAAAUGGAGUUUCAAAGGCAAAGUCCAAAAAUCGAAAAGGCGACAUUUAAAGUUUUUGAGAAGCAUGGGCUUGAUGAAUUAGAUCAGCCAGCGACCCUUGUUAUCCAGAGAGCGAUCCAAGUAUAUAGCAAGACUGAUUUCAUUUUCAAACAAAGGAUGUCUACAUUACAGCAAGGAAUAGAACAAAAAAUGCAAGCAGCAAUGACAGGCAGGAUAUCUCCUUAUGAGAUAGAAGCAAUAAGGGCUAGUCUGGAAGCAGGCCCGAAGGUGGAAGAGAUUGAAGAAGAACCAUUAAUUCAGGAGCUUGAAAACCCAAGAGAGGUGAAGGAAGAGGAGUUUAACGACGAAGAAGACUUGCUGGAAGGAGAAGUCAUAGCUAAGUAA